CCUUGGAACUCUGUCUAUAUAAACUUACAUGUGUUGUCCAAUGUAUUCAACCAAGGGAAACUUCUAUUAAGAAAAACUUUUAAUCCAAAUGGCUACUUUAUGUAUGAGUUCAGCUUCUAUUUACCAAAACGCCUCUACCCACAAUUUUCGUUUUCAACGUCCUCACCGUUUUAUAUGCAAGUCCAUGACCAAAACGACGCCAGAUGCUACUUCUGUUGACAUCCGUCGACGCUCCGGCAACUAUCAACCUUCUCCAUGGGACCAUCGUUAUCUUCUCUCAAUCGAUAACAAAUAUGUGAAUGCGAAAAAAGUGAUAACUAGAGAUCUGUUGAAGAAAAAAGUGAAGAAGAUGCUUGAUGUUGAGACGAAGAGUCGUCUUGAGCUAUUAGAGUUCAUCGACGAACUGCAAAAACUUGGGAUUUCGUAUCAUUUUGAGCAAGAAAUCAAUACUAUUUUAACGGAUUUUCAUCUUAAACAUGGAAAUAAUGUUUCCAAGUAUGAUAACGAAGAAGAUUUACAUGCAACCGCACUCGAAUUCCGACUUUUUAGACAACAUGGUUUUGAUGUCUCAGAAGAUAUAUUUGAUGUGAUCAUCAACAAAAUAGAAAGUAAUACGUUCAUGAAUGAAGAUAUAGAAAGUAUCAUUUCAUUGUACGAAGCGUCGUAUCUCUCCACGAAAUCCGAUACUAAAUUGCAUAAAGUCAUCAGACCUUUUGCAACAAAACAAAUAAGAAAAUUUGUCGAUGAUGAAACUUACAACAUUGAGGUACGAGAGCAGGCGAUUCAUGCAUUAGAAAUGCCGUACCAUUGGAGAAUGAAAAGACUAGAAACGAGAUGGUACAUAGAUGCAUACGUGAAGAAACAUGACACGAAGAAUCUUGUCUUGAUCGAAUUAGCCAAAAUCGAUUUCAAUAUCGUACAGACUGCUUAUCAAGAAGAUCUCAAAUACGUUUCAAGCUGGUGGAAGGAUACAUGUUUGGCUAAUCAACUUCCCUUUAUAAGAGACAGAAUAGUGGAGAAUUAUUUUUGGAAUAUUGGAUUAAUAUACGAACCGCAAUUUGGAUAUGUCCGUCGGAUCAUGACUAUAGUUAAUGCACUUAUUACAACCAUCGAUGACAUCUACGAUGUUUAUGGCACUCUUGAAGAACUUGAAAUCUUCACUUCCAUAGUUGAAAGUUGGGAUGUGAAUCGUCUUGAUAAACUUCCCGAGUACAUGAGGUUGUGUUUUCUGAUCUUGUACAAUGAAACCAAUGGCAUUGGGUGUGAUGUCCUCAAAUAUAAAAAUUUUGACGUCAUCCCUUUUCUCAAGAAAUCAUGGGCAGAUUUAUGUAAAACAUAUCUAGUGGAAGCAAAAUGGUACAAAAGAGGGUACAAACCAAGUUUGGAGGAAUACAUGCAAAAUGCUCGUAUUUCAAUAUCCGCCCCAACAAUAUUAAUUCACUUUUACUGUGCUUUCUCUGACCAAAUCUCAAUUCAAAUACUGGAGUCUUUGUCCCAACACCGGCAACAUGUCAUCCGAUGCUCUGCCGUUGUUCUCCGCCUAGCUAAUGACCUUGCAACUUCACCGGAUGAAUUGACUAGAGGUGACGUUCUCAAAUCGGUACAAUGCUACAUGCACGAAAACGGAGCUACACAGGAAGAGGCACGAGCUCACGUUCAGCAGAUGAUUAGUGACACGUGGGAUGAGAUGAACUACGAAACGAUAACGGCAGGUCACUCUUCGUCACUUUCAAGAGGAUUUGUGCAAGCUGCAGUGAACGUAGCACGCAUGUCGCAAUGCAUGUAUCAACAUGGCGAUGGUCAUGGCUCUCCCGACAAAGCCAAGACUGUUGAUCGUGUCCAAUCCUUGAUUGUUAAUCCAAUCCCAUUAUAUUGAUUUUACAUACCCCCAAGUCAAUCACUUUUGUAGUAUCAGAAUUUUAUUAUAUAUUGUGAUAUGCUGGAUUACCAAA